AACGUGGCGCCGCCUAGAGGCCACACGCGGAAUGUUGCUUGUUGUUUGUCCAUUGCAGCACCAGGAUGUGAGCGCGCACACACGCACGCGCACAUGCAGGACUGCAGCGGAAGGCCGCAAGUAGGCACGUCUUCUGGAGGACACAAAGGACGAGCGUGAAGUCAAAAGCUGCGCCGACUGGACGACGGCACACAAGAGCGCCUGACCGAAAACACGACAAGAACCCGGAGGACGCCGUCCGCAGGUUGUCAACGGGAGCACGGGAGCACGGGAGUACGGACGCCGGUGGCGAGGAACUUAACGUGUUUUUGUAGCAGGUUGCGAAGAGAAGUCUUCGGUUGAUCGGAGGAGAGGAUCCAUGCAAGAGGUCAGAGUUCAGCCGGCGGGCGAAGUACACGCGAUGAAGCGAGCCGUGUACUCCGUGGAGAUCAAAGUGGAGCGGGACCGGACCACGGGACAAACGCGCGUCCUCUCUUCGCAGACCAAGCUUCCUGUCGACUGCUCUCGUGGAGGGGUCAAAGUUUACGAGGAUGAGCAGAAAGUGGUCCACGAGGUCAACGGCCAGGACGGCGUCCAUCUGCUCAGCGCCGCCGAGGUGGACGAGCUCAUCCUUCAAGCCGAUCAGGCGGCCGUCACGGCGAGCGUAGAUGAGGCGACCGAGUCACGCUCGGGCCUCGGAUUCUUGGCGGCGAGCGCGUUCACCGGGCCCGAGGCCUCGCCCCGGGAGGAGGACGGCGCCCCCCGGGAGCCUGUCACCACGGUGUCUCCUGGGUACCGAAGCGUGCGGGACCGGGACGGCACCGGCGAGAUCCUGACUCUGCGGGGCGGCACCGAGGCGGAGCCAGAGCCCGGGGCGGCGAAGGAACAUGAGGCCGCGGCGACCCCGCCGACCGGCGCCCCGAUGCCACAGACGGACAAGCGCGAGUCAGCGGGGGGCGCUGCCGUGACCGCGCCCAAGGAGAAAAAAGCCUGUAAGUGCUGCAGCGUCAUGUGAACCUGCAGGGGGCGCCAUAUGCUUGCAAAAGAGAACAAUCCAGCGGGCUCUCCUUUUCUUCUUCGGCUGCAUGUUGGCUUUGCUUGGAGCCUGCGGUGGGCAAAAUUUGACCCCGGUCGCAUGCACUUGUCGGUUGGGGGGGAAAUGGCGUGGGCACGCCAUUCUCGAAAUGCGCGCCAACCCUCUUCCAUUGUCACCAGAUUUGUUAGUUUUUCCUCAAAUCAGCUACAUGGAAUUAAUACAAUUUGUAAUGCAUUUUUUAAAUAUAAUUGUAUGACAUAGUUGACAUUUUUACUUUGUAUUUUUUGUUUCUACUCACUGAAUACAAAUGUCUGCUUUAACGCUCAAAUGUGGUCCAUGAGCAUCAAAGUUUGCCCACCCCUGAUAAUUAGCAUUAGCAUUUCAUCCAUGUAAGCGCUACCCUAACCCAGAAACAUAAAGUCGAUAUAAAUCAAACAUUGUCAUAUUAUCAUCCUCAAAUAUUAAUUGAAAAAAGUUAGCAUGUGUUCGGGUUUGAGUAUGGAACUCAUUUCCUGGACAUGAACGCCAUCACUUCCUGUUUAUUGAUUCGUGUAGCUGACACACACACACAGUACUGAUACGCAAACUAAUCAGAUGUUGGCUUGAAUAAAUGUUGAGCCCAUGGCGAGAUAUUAUUCACCAAGAGGUGAAAGUUCAGCAAGGGCCGCUCAAGACCUGCUUUGAGAAGUUUGGUGUGGAAGAACACCUUCGCUUUUCGAUGAAUGAGAGAAGUGUUUGCAAAAAUCCAUUUCAUUUGUACAUUGCAUCUUUUUUUAGUUUGUGUAUUUUUCCUUUUUCAAUGUCGAAUUUGGAUCCUAUUGAAUUUGGAUCUUGUCUGUAUUGUAUUAUUUAUGAGUGAUAUUUUAUGAUGUUUAUUUCCAAAUGUUGUGCUCAUGAUACAUGCAAUUACUUCAAUGUAUUCAUGUGAAAAAGAAGCCAAUAAAAAAAGCCUAGCCCGUC